AUGGGUGUUGCUGAUGAAGCUGCCGUGGCACGGGGUCCGGGACAGCCCUUGGUUAUGGAGGAAAUCCGCGUUGAUACCCCUCAAAAAAUGGAGGUCCGAAUCAAGAUCCUCUUCACUUCAAUUUGCCAUACUGAUCUCAGUGCUUGGCAAGGCGAGAAUGAAGCUCAGCAAGUAUAUCCACGAAUUCUUGGCCACGAAGCUGUUGGGGUGGUUGAGAGCGUGGGAGAAGGGGUGGUGGACAUGAAAGAAGGCGAUCAUGUGGUUCCCAUAUUUAACGGAGAGUGCGGUGACUGUGCUUACUGCAAAUCCCAAAAAACUAAUCUCUGCGACAAGUUUCGUGUGAAUCCAUUCAAGAGCGUGAUGUUAAACGAUGGAAAGUGUAGGUUUUCAACCAAAGAAGGGGAACCCAUCUUCCAUUUCCUCAAUACUUCCACUUUCAGUGAGUACACCGUGCUUGACUCCGCCUGUGUCGUCAAGAUUGAUUCAAAAGCUCCACUCAAGAAUAUGACCUUGCUCAGUUGUGGCGUUUCCACUGGUCUUGGAGCUGCGUGGAAUACUGCCAACGUCCAAGCUGGGUCUACCGUGGCUGUUUUCGGUUUAGGUGCCGUGGGGCUUGCGGUAAGCUCUAUACUAGGCUAG